AUGGCUAGGGCGUUGAAUAGGAUGACGGAAUUUCUCCAGCAGAACGUCCAACCACAGCAGGGUGACCAGAGUAGGGUGGUGCAGACUGGAUGCACCUAUGAGCGCUUCUUGGCACAUAGGACCCCUGCCCUUACUAGGGAUGAGGAUCUAUUAAAUGCCAGAAGAUGGAUUGAAGACCUUGAGAGGACGUUUGAAGUCUGUGGGUGCAUUGAAGCUCAGAUGGUAUUGUAUGGGAGUUACAUGCUGCAAGGUGAAGCAGCUAAUUGGUGGGAGACGAAGCGGCAAGUCCUAGAAAUGGAGCUGGGAUCUUUUGCUGCGGUGUCUUGGCAGCGUUUUAAAAAGGAAUUUGAUGACAGUUUCUUCCCUAUUUCGAUGAGACGGCAAAAGGCUAGAGAGUUCAACGAUUUGGCUCAAGGUUAUAUGACGGUUGAACAAUAUGCAAGGAAAUUCAUGGAGCUUGGGCGGUUCGCUCCUCACCUCAUUGCCAUCGAAGAGUUGCAGGUUGAGCGUUUUUAG